AUGAGGAAGGGCAAGAGGAAGAAGUCAGAUGCCAGGCGCCGCAAUUCUGCCUCACAGAAUCCCAGCUCUGAGUCCAGCCCGCCGCACCCCAGCUCCGACUCUGCUCCCCAGCUCCCCAGCUCAGACUCCACGCCGCCACAUCCUGGCUCGGACACCAACUUGCAGCCUCCUAGCUCAGAGUCUAAUCCCCAGAAUUCUGUGCCCCAAGCUCUUCCAGCUCCUGAGAUCAGCACCCCAACCCAGUGCCUUUUGCCUGUGGACAAUGGCUCAAAAUCUCUCCUUCCAUCCGAGAGACCAGGGCCUCUGACCCAUGUGGGCCCGCACUUCUGCUCCUGUGCCCGUUGCCCAGGCAGCUCUGCUUGCUGGCGUCGUCUGGGGCAGUGCCACAGCCGUAUCUCCGAUGCCCUGAUGCCUCGGGACUGGCAUCCCCUCCCAGGGAGAGAAACCCCAAGCCUCCUCACUUUCUACAGAAAAUCUGGAAGAAAACAUUCAGUCCAUCGCAACCUACGUACUCCAAGCUCUCGGGACCGCUGUUGUGGUCCUGGGAGUCCUGGGAGCUGCCUACUACACCAUUGA